AGGAUGGAUCGCCUCCACUGAUCCACCCGCCCGCCAUGUCGCCGCACCCUCUCCACUCCUCGUCGGGCGUGUCCGACAUGGACGAGAUGGCGGCGACUCACGCCCACGCCCACGCCCACGCCCACGCCGCGCGCGCCCAGGUCGUCGUCCUCCCCUCCGCGCGGCCCUCCUCCCCUCCGCGCGCCUCCAUCCCCGUCUCCUCCUCUGCCUACGCGCCUCCACAGACUGCUGCCGCCAAGCUCCCAUUCUCCGCAGCGGUGUCCGCACCCACCUCCGCCUCGGGCUCCAUCACUGUCGCUAUCGCCUCCAGCGGGUUGGGCCCCGAGCCCAGCACGCUCACCGAGCCCGUCUGGGACACCGUCAAGCGCGACCUCGCCCGUAUCGUGAGCAACCUCAAGCUCGUUGUCUUCCCCAACCCCUUCCGCGAGGACCCUGGCAAGGCUCUGCGCGACUGGGACCUCUGGGGCCCCUUCUUCUUCAUCGUCUUACUCGGACUCAUCCUCUCCUGGUCGGCCACCGCCAAGAAGUCUCAAGUGUUCGCUGUUGCCUUCGCUGUAUUAGCUGCUGGUGCUAUAGUUCUGACACUCAAUGUUCUACUGCUGGGUGGGAACAUAAUCUUCUUCCAAAGCCUCAGUCUUCUCGGAUACUGUCUGUUCCCGCUGGACGUGGGGGCUCUGAUUUGCAUGCUUAAGGACAGUGUCAUACUAAAGAUGGUUGUGGUGACGGUAACAUUGGCAUGGAGCUCUUGGGCAGCAUACCCCCUCAUGAGUGCUGCUGUUAACCCAAAGAGAAAGGCCCUGGCGCUGUAUCCCGUGUUCCUCAUGUAUAUCUCAGUUGCCUGUCUCAUAAUUGCUAUAGAUUAAGGCGGGCAUGGUUUCUACAGAACUAUCAGAAGAAUUACAGGAUUUUGUUUUCUAGGUGGAUCAUCAAAAUGCAUAUCCUUUUUUUUUGGCUGCGUAUAGAUCUGGGUUCACAUUGUUAUUGUAGUUUUUGCUGGCUGCUUCAAUACCUUAUUUCAUUUUGUUUAAGAAAAAAAAAAUCGCAGGGAUUUAGAAUGUAGUCAAUCAAAUGUAUGAAUGUUGUAUAGCCAUACAGAUAUCUUGCUGUUUCGCAUCUAUGUGGAUAAUCUGGAAUGGACUGCUGAAGCCUGAAUAAGUGAAUUACUCUGUUUU